AGGGAGACCUGCCCUCUCCAUAACCCUACAAUAUGCGCGUAUCUGCCAUCUUCUCCGCCCUUUGUGCUCUAGUGCCAUCGCUCGCCUUUGCGGCGCAGGUUCCGCUGUCAUCUCAGCAGCAUGGAAAGCCAUCCGCUUUGACCGGCAACGACCACAUUCUGCCUAUCGAAACGCUGCACGAGCUGCUGACCUUGCAUCGCGAACUUGUUAAGAUCGAGUCCAUCUCUGGCAAUGAGUACCGCGUUGGCUGGUGGCUUGUCUCGUAUUUGAAGGAAAAUGGCUUCAAUGUUGAGGUUCAGUACGUCGGUGAGGCUGAACAAGGCGAGAAUGAGCACAUGAUUGGUGGCCAGGCGCAGAAGAGGUUCAAUGUCUUUGCCUGGCCAGGAGAGAAGAAGUUCACAAAGGUGCUCGUUAGCAGCCACAUUGAUACUGUCCCUCCCUACAUACCCUAUUCGUUCGACACCAAGAAAGACGAAAUUUGGGGCCGCGGCACUGUCGACGCCAAGGGCUCGGUGGCCGCGCAGGUCAUUGCUGUUAAGUCUCUGUUGGCCAAUUCUAGCUCUUCCGUCUCUGCGGAUGACGUGUCACUGCUAUUCGUUGUUGGCGAAGAAACGGGCGGUGAGGGUAUGCGGUCAUUCUCUAAUUCCUCCCUCAACCCCGGCAACUACAGCGCCGUUGUUUUCGGCGAGCCAACGGAAAGCAAGCUAGUUGCUGGUCACAAGGGUAUGCUCGCUUUCGACAUCAACGUCAAGGGUAAAGCUGCGCAUUCUGGCUACCCUUGGCUGGGUCUUUCGGCGAACAACGUGCUCGUUGAGGCUUUGGGCAUCGUUAUGGCACUUGAGGCGGGCCGUGUCAAUGGCGCGGAAUUGCGCUGGAGCGAAAAGUACGGUAACACGACGCUCAAUAUCGGCAAGAUUUCUGGAGGAGUUGCGAGAAAUGUCGUCGCCAAAGAGGCGAAUGCCGGUAUCACUGGGAGAUUGGCUGCCGGCACUCCGGAUGAAGCAAAGGAUGCUCUUCUGAAGGCGCUGUCGCCUGUUAUCACCGCGGCGGAGAAGGCUGGCGGCGAAGUUACGAUUGAGUUUGGCGACGAAACGUACGGACCAGUUGACAUGAGCUGUGAUGUCGAGGGCUUCGAAUGCAUUACGGUCAACUAUGGAACCGACAUCCCCCGGCUGAAGGGUGACCACAAGAGAUAUCUCUAUGGUCCGGGUAGCAUUUUGGUCGCGCAUUCGGACAACGAGGCAAUUAAGGUUCAUGACCUUGAGAGGGCUGUAGUGGAUUAUACGAAGCUCAUCUCGGUCGCUGUCGAGAACUGAGAGGUUGUUUAUUGCUGAAUCAGACAAAAGCAGCGGGAAUGAAUGACGACGGAAGAUACCAAAUAGAUCAGAAUAUAUAUGUUGCGAGUC